AUGAGUGCGUCGCUGGACCAAGUCGGGAAACACCUGCAGGAUUGGGGCUUUCCACAACUGGUGCCUAUCUUCAAAGGUGAGUACUGCGUCAGUGCUAUUGUGCCGAGUGAUAUUACUUCAAUUUUGAAUGCCAGUUCGUUGUCGAAGUCUGUGUUGGAGAACUAUGAUGCUGACAAGGGACUCACAUACCAGGGAAGAGUGAUUGUUGUCCAUACUGUCACUGAUUAUUUGUUAAACCUCAGCAAAGAGGUUAAAAAUUGUCAUUUUUUAACUGUGUCAACCAAGAUUAAGUCGGUGUUCCCAAGAGAAUCCGUGGGAUCGUACUACAUUGCUCCCGACCCGCCUUCAAAACCAAAGUCCAGCGGCAAGUUGGUUAAUCGUUACCGGAAUUUGAAGGACAGGCUAUACAAUCUGAAUGCUGGGAGUUCCCCGUCGACCUCAAGACCUGCGACCGUCGAUCAAGGGAACGACCCGUAUCUCCAAAUUGCUGCUGGAACUGGAAAGCUGUUUGAUGAGUUCGACGCCGAAAAGAGCAAGGCAGCCGAAGAGUGGUUGAAAACUCAGAACCAACCUUGGCCGAAAGUUCUGGAAUCUUGGAGCAUCACAGCGCCACACCGAUUGAGGGUCCUAAUAACUGAGUCAAACAAAUGCAAAGUGAGAGGGAGGAAGAAGGGCAGGAAGGUUACAGACGAAAUUGAGCCUAAAAAGGUGAUGGCUGAGUACCUCGCCAAAUGGCCAAUUUUGAACCAUGCCUCCGGCUACCAACUGUUCAUGCAAGAUUUCAAUAUUUUUUAUCCAGACAGUGAAAAUGGCUUAUUUAUGAACUGGAAAAGCUUUGAAAACAAAGUUAUUGCUCUCGCACACGAGCAAGUGAGGGAUGUGGCAGGCCUGAAUUUCCUGAGCAUGUUACAAGAUAACCCUACUGAUGAUACUCGGGCUCUUGUCACUUGUAUGCUGCUUCCCAGUGUCUGUCAGCCAUCCAUGGUAAUCACUCCACCAAAGUCAAGUAAAUGUAAACCAUGGAAAGUCUCCGUUCUUGAAUCCCGAGAAGGAUUUAUUUUGCAUGUUACGGCAUUCGCUGCACUCAAGGAUGUUCUCAAGAACAGAGAUCUGAAGUACAAAAACUAUGGACUACGUACUCAACCAUUUAUUGUUGUUGUAGGCGGGACGCCCAGUACAAUUACAGACUAUUACGUCUCGAUAUCACCACGCCUGUACAAAGUCCACAACUGUCUGGAAGCUUUAGACGCUUGUUUUAAGUCUAUUUUCGCCCUUCACGCUGAAUACCCUGAAGAAAGUGAGCAGCUCUGGCUUCUCAUUCGACGUUGUGUAUACAAGAUAACUUGUAGCUACGACAACACAUCGCUCCAAAGUUUCUACGAUUGCUAUCCUCGACUUGUUUAAUUUAGUCAUGUAUGCCUG